GCACAGUGCAGUCAGUUAUAAAAAUAAAAAUAAGGCUUGGACAAAAUAUACGAAAAAAACAGCCACGUCUUCAAAUAUUCUCUGUUGCCAAUAAACAUAUUGUUAAAAAAGCAGGCCUAAUUAAAGACCUCAAAUUGCUAAGAAAAAACACUAUUAUAUAUGUCAAAAAAGAAGAGAAAGUUGCUUUACAGCUGAUGAAUGGAAAUGAAAAGAUUAAAGAACUUAAAGUUGUUUAAGCAUUCAUACUAAACAGUGGUUUAUGUGCAUAGCUAGAAGCUCCUAAUAACCCGAAUUUCUUAAACACACCACAGAUAAUGUAGUUGUUGUACAGAGUCUCCUACUGAAAUAAAAGAAGCAGCCCAGAAUUACUUAAAUACUUCUGUAUCAUUAGGCAACCCCUCGGUGUAUAAGAUAUUCCGAGAUAUUCCAUACUCCAAAUAUAUCCUAUUAAUUUUUGAAAAUAGUGCUAUCCAUUAUAUACAAUUUAAAACCACCACAGAGCAAAUGAUCUAUGGUUUUUGCAAAGAAAAAUAAAAAAGCACAGAUAAAUAUCCCU